AUGGCGGAGCCGAGCGGGGUUGAGACGAGGCCCCCCAUUCGGGUCACCGUCAAGACCCCCAAGGACAAGGAGGAAAUUGUGAUCUGCGAUCGAGCCUCGGUCAAGGAGUUCAAAGAGGAAAUCUCCCGGAGGUUUAAGGCCCAGCAGGACCAGCUCGUCCUGAUCUUUGCCGGCAAGAUCCUCAAGGAUGGGGACACACUGAACCAGCAUGGGAUCAAGGAUGGGCUCACCGUCCACCUGGUCAUCAAGACUCCUCAGAAGGCUCAGGAUCCGGCUGCUGCUACUGCUUCUUCCCCCUCCACUCCAGACCCUGCCUCUGCACCCUCCACCACACCUGCUUCACCUGCCACCCCUGCCCAGCCCUCCACCUCUGGCAGUGCCACUUCAGAUACUGGCAGUGGAAGCCGGAGGAGCAGUGGGGGGGGUCCCUCCCCGGGGGCUGGGGAGGCUCCCCCCAGUGCUCCUGCCUCCAUACUCUCUGGCUUUGGGGGCAUCCUGGGGCUGGGCAGCCUGGGCCUAGGCUCUGCCAACUUCAUGGAGCUGCAGCAGCAGAUGCAGAGACAGCUGAUGUCCAAUCCUGAGAUGCUGUCACAGAUCAUGGAGAACCCCCUGGUCCAGGACAUGAUGUCUAAUCCCGACCUAAUGCGUCACAUGAUCAUGGCCAAUCCUCAGAUGCAGCAGCUGAUGGAGCGGAACCCCGAGAUUAGCCACAUGCUCAACAACCCCGAGCUCAUGAGGCAGACAAUGGAACUUGCUCGGAAUCCAGCCAUGAUGCAGGAGAUGAUGCGGAACCAGGACCGGGCCCUGAGCAACCUCGAGAGCAUCCCUGGGGGGUAUAAUGCUCUCCGCCGCAUGUACACGGACAUCCAGGAACCCAUGUUCAGUGCUGCCCGGGAGCAGUUUGGCAACAAUCCCUUCUCUUCCCUGGCCGGGAACUCCGACAGCUCGUCCUCCCAGCCUCUGCGGACUGAGAAUCGAGAGCCCCUCCCUAACCCCUGGAGCCCCUCGCCCCCCACCUCCCAGGCCCCCGGGUCCGGUGGGGAGGGCACCGGAGGAUCGGGGACCAGCCAGGUGCACCCGACAGUCUCGAACCCUUUUGGGAUCAAUGCGGCUAGCCUGGGGUCAGGGAUGUUCAACAGCCCAGAAAUGCAGGCUCUCCUCCAGCAGAUCUCUGAGAACCCCCAGCUAAUGCAGAAUGUGGUCUCAGCCCCCUACAUGCGCAGCAUGAUGCAGACGCUUGCCCAGAACCCUGAUUUUGCUGCUCAGAUGAUGGUGAACGUGCCACUCUUCGCGGGGAACCCUCAGCUGCAGGAGCAGCUCCGCCUGCAGCUCCCAGUUUUCCUGCAGCAGAUGCAGAACCCAGAAUCGCUCUCCAUCCUUACCAACCCCCGCGCCAUGCAGGCGCUGCUGCAGAUCCAGCAGGGAUUGCAGACCUUGCAGACCGAGGCCCCUGGACUGGUACCCAGCCUUGGGUCCUUUGGGAUGUCCCGGACCCCAGCACCCUCAGUAGGCAGCAACGCCGGGUCUGCACCUGAGGCCCCCAACUCCUUGCCAUCCACCCCAGCCACAUCGUCUCCAUCAGGGGCUUCCAGUGCUCAGCAGCAACUCAUGCAACAGAUGAUCCAGCUUUUGGCUGGAAGUGGAAACUCACAGGUGCAGACACCAGAAGUGAGAUUUCAGCAGCAACUGGAGCAGCUCAACUCCAUGGGCUUCAUCAAUCGGGAGGCCAACCUGCAGGCCUUGAUUGCCACAGGAGGCGACAUCAAUGCGGCUAUUGAGAGACUCCUGGGCUCUCAGCUCUCCUAAUCCCUUGGCCCAAGCCUCUUGCCUCUCCCCUCCCUUGAUGCCAGUGUUUGGUUCCUCUGACAACCCCCACCCUCUGCAGCUUGUCAUCCCUCUGCCAUCUCCCUUGUCCUCUCCAGACAGCAGGGUGACUUCCAAGGCAUGGGCCUCACUCCCGUGGCUCUGUCCAAGAAUUUUGGUUUUCCUUCUACAUCUUUUACUGAAUCUUCUCUCCUGAGCUUCCUGGAGCAGAGCUAUUUAAACAAUUUCCACAGUUUUCUUUGAUUGGCCCUACCUUCUUGCUGUACAACCGCCUUUUGUGAUCUCCAGACUUCUCAGUGGCAGUGCAGUUUACUGGAACAGAGUCUUCCAUCUAUACCAACAGGGUUUUGAUUAUCUUACAUUUAUUUUCAGUAACUUUCUUCUUUCCUUUUCCCUACCUUCCGCCCCUCCAAUCCCCAGCCCAUACUGCGAAGAAGAAUGUCACACUCUUAGGAGGGCAAGUGAAACAGGCAGUCUGAUUUUUCUCCUCACGCCUGUUCUGGUCACUUCAUCCAGCACUUUUUCCUGGCCUCUGCUGGGACUUCCAGGGGCAGGAGGAAGAUGCCUGUUCCCCCUGUUUGUAGAGGGCGAUGAGACACAGCUCUCUGGACAAGGAAUUAACCAGCCCUGGAGCAGCCUAAUGGAGAUCCGUGCAGAAGAGGAGGAAAUGAGAUUUUUUAGAGGAAGGGAAUGAAGGAGACAACCUGAGUCAUCUUCAAAGGCUUAGAAGUUGGAAUUGACAGUUAAGGAGUGGGAGCACUAAUGGCUCUUUUAGGUGGGAUAGUCCAGGCCUAGGCUUAGCAGAGGAAACUUAGAGAUGCUAAUGAAAUUUAAGCUAAAGAAAGGGGCUCACUGAACUAAGAGAUGCAGCUCAGAAGGGGUCAUAUUGGCUCCAUUUCCUCAAACAUACAUGCUUACACACACACAUAGACACAUACAUUUCCAUGGUGACUUGGACCCCUCUUAAAACCUCAGAAGGCAUGAAGGGGAUUGGUUUUCAUCUCAGCAGUGGGAAAUUGUGUGUGUGUGUGAGAGAGAGAGAGAGAGAAAGUUUGAGUGUGUAUGUGGAUUCUUUGUUGAUUCGUGGUUCGGAGCUCUUUGCCACUAGAAGGAGUGGUGGUAGGGCCAUUCUGGGGUAGGAAUGGAUACAGCCAAGAAAGCUAGGUCCCUUGGACCUUUGGAUGCAGAUAAUCCAAGGGUAGUGAGGGAUACUCCUGAAGCUGUCAGGGCAGUGACCAACACACUUAUCACCCCUCACUCUGGUAAGUGUUUUGGGGGAACAGAAGAAGGGUCUUUCCUUCCAGAGCCCCUAGCUGUUGGUUUCCUAAUCCCUACACUUUCAGUUCCCUACUAUUUUCCUCUAGGCCAGAAAGUUCUUUAUUGAGGAGGGAGAGGAGAGGGUGGCAGUGAUGCCUUUGAUCUGGAAUUGGAUAUCACUCUGUUGGAGCACAGAGGAGCCUCGCAUCACUUCCCCUCUGUGCUACUUGGCCCAGCUGCUUGGAGGACUCAUGACUAAGAAUAUGGAGGCAAGAGGAACAGAAUUUUGCUUUGCAUGGGAAAGGAUCCCAAGCAAUCCAGAGAGGACUUUUCCUACAUCCCCAACUCCCACACUGGCCUUUGUAAAUAAAUGAAGUGGUCUUUGUUGUGA